AUGCCACAAGCCGUAAAUAUUACUAUUCUCUCUCCCACUCCUACCCUUCUUUCUUUCUCUAAAACUUCUUCACGUUGUCGGUGUUGGAGAUCUUGCAGCUCCCACACUCUUCGGCAACCUUGAAAAGCAAAAGCAAAAGCAAUAGCUGGUUCAAGAUCCAAGAACAGAAGUUGUUGUGGUGAUUGAUUUUAUGUUGUGUUAUGUUAGUCGUUGUCGAUGGUAAUUUCGUUGGGAGCCAAGUGUGUAUGAGGAAGGACUGUGGUGGGACUGUGGCCUUGUUAUCAGAAGCGGGGAAAGACGGGGCAAAUGCGGUUGAUUUGAAUUCAUCUUUUUGUUUAUUUUCUCAAAUUAAAUUAUGCAGCAAGAUCAACGCAAGAAGAAUUCUUCAGAGAUGGAGUUCUUCUCCGAGUAUGGUGAUGCUAAUAGGUACAAAAUUCAGGAAGUUAUUGGGAAAGGAAGUUAUGGUGUUGUUUGCUCUGCCAUUGACACGCAUACUGGUGAAAAAGUGGCAAUUAAGAAAAUACAUGAUAUUUUCGAACACAUCUCUGAUGCUGCUCGUAUUCUUCGGGAGAUAAAGCUGCUCAGACUUUUACGGCAUCCUGAUAUUGUAGAAAUAAAACACAUUAUGCUGCCACCUUCUAGAAGGGAAUUUAAAGAUAUUUAUGUUGUUUUUGAGCUCAUGGAGUCAGAUCUCCAUCAAGUCAUUAAAGCCAAUGAUGAUUUGACACGAGAACACUAUCAGUUUUUCCUUUACCAGCUCCUUCGUGCAUUAAAGUAUAUUCAUACAGCAAAUGUCUACCAUCGGGAUUUAAAACCAAAGAAUAUAUUGGCCAAUGCAAACUGUAAACUGAAAAUCUGUGAUUUUGGGUUAGCAAGAGUUGCAUUUAAUGACACACCUACUACAAUUUUUUGGACGGAUUAUGUUGCUACAAGAUGGUAUAGAGCUCCAGAGCUCUGUGGAUCAUUUUUUUCUAAGUACACACCAGCAAUUGAUGUAUGGAGCAUCGGUUGCAUAUUCGCAGAGGUGUUAACCGGGAAGCCUCUUUUUCCUGGAAAAAAUGUUGUUCAUCAGUUGGAUUUAAUGACAGAUCUGCUUGGCACACCUUCAUUAGAUACUAUCUCUCGGGUUAGAAACGACAAGGCUAGGAGAUACUUAACUAGCAUGAGGAAAAAGCAGCCAGUGCAGUUUGCACAAAAAUUUCCAAAUGCAGAUCCUUUGGCUCUGCGACUGUUGGAAAGGUUGCUGGCCUUUGAUCCAAAAGACCGGCCAACUGCUGAAGAGGCACUGGCAGAUCCUUAUUUCAAAGGACUGGCUAAAGUUGAGAGGGAGCCUUCUUGUCAGCCAAUUUCAAAGAUGGAGUUUGAGUUUGAGAGGCGGAGGGUCACAAAGGAGGAUAUCCGAGAGCUAAUUUUCCGGGAGAUAUUAGAAUACCAUCCUCAGUUGCUCAAGGACUACAUAAAUGGAACUGAGAGAACAAAUUUCCUUUACCCAAGUGCUGUUGAUCAAUUUAGAAAGCAGUUUGCACAUCUUGAAGAGAAUAUUGGUAAAAGUGGGCCAGUAAUUCCACCUGAAAGAAAGCAUGUAUCUCUUCCUAGGUAGGGCCAUUUGUCCAUUCACUUACUUUGCAGUCUGUAAU